AUGAAUGAAAAUCUUUCUUCUCAAAACAAUUCAGAAACAUUGAAUUUUGAUAGUGUUUUCUCAACAACUAAUUUAAUCUUAUCAACAAUGAAUUCUAAUGAUUCAACACGAUGUUUUGAAAAGCAUCAGUAUCAGCAACAAUAUAGUGAAGAUGAUGAAAUAAAUGUUACUAAUGAUACUAUUAAUACUACUAGUAGUAAUGAUAUUAAUGCAACUACAAUUGUAUCAGGAAUGAUAAAGCCAAAUAAAAAAAUUACUUCAUAUCCAGAAUAUACACAAGUUAAUCUUCAACGAAAAAAUUCUAAUGAUACAAGUCAAAGUGAACAUAAUGAUUAUAAUAUUAUGAAAGAGGUGACUACAUCAACAUUAUCAUUAUCAUCAUCAUCACCAUUGUCAUCAACAUUUUCAUCAGGAGUUGAAAAUAGAGACAAUGUAACAUUAAUUACAACAAGUAAUAAUGAUAUUAUUGACAAAAAUAAAACAACAUCUAUAAAUUAUACAGAUAUUCAUGAACCAUUCAAUAGAUCUUUAUUAAAUUUUGUAAAUCAAACAAUGAAUCAAAGUGAAUUAUCGACUCAUCGAAAAUACCCUAUCAGUAAUACAUUUCCAUCAAUGAGCUCAACUCCUGUAAGAAAUCUUUUCCCAAAUACGAUAACGAAUAACAAUACUGGUAUUAAUGACAAAAAUCAAUUAGUACAGAAUAAACAGCUUGAUAGCUUUUUACAAAGUCAAACUACAUUAAAUGCGUUGUCCAUGGCUUAUUCUUCUUUAAUUGCGAAUGGUUUAUAUGGUAUAGGAAAAGAAUAUGAAAACGCUUUCGCUGCCGAUAAUAACAAUAAUAAUAAUAAUAAUAAUAAUAAUAAUAAUGGUAGUAACACUCAUAGCAGUAUUACUCCACAAUCCGAUAAAUUUACAUCCAUCAUACAGCGUCCUUCAAUUACGAAUUUAUUUAAACAACACUCUAUGAUCUCAACAUCAGAGACUGCAACAAUUCCAGCACCGGUAGGUACGGCAAUUUCACCAAUAUCUACUGCUCAAUCAUCACCAUCAUCAAUAUUUCUAGCUAAUUCAUUAGAAAAAAUCAAUGCAGGAAAUUUAUCAAAUUCAUUUAUUCCAAACAUAAAUAAUAUUAUAAAUAAUAACAAUGUCAGUAGUCAGCGUCAUGUUCAUCAGGUUCAGAAGAGUUUCCUAAAUCCUAUAUUAGGACAUGAAAGUAAUUCAUGUCAAUUGAAUUUCCCUGCAAUUAUGAAUGAUCUCUUAAUUGAAAAUUUGGAAAGUUGGCAACAUCUUCAAAAAAACGCAGUAUCAACUAAUAUAGAUCCUCAUUUAUUAAACUUCUAUAGUGGAUCUUGUUGCCCUGUUGAAUUGACUAGUACAAAUCGACGUAAAAAUGCUACUCGAGAAACAACUAGUUUACUUAAAUCAUGGUUAAAUGAACAUCGUAAAAAUCCAUAUCCUACAAAAGGUGAAAAAAUUAUGCUUGCACUUAUUACAAAAAUGAGUUUAACACAAGUAUCAACAUGGUUUGCAAAUGCUAGAAGACGAUUAAAAAAAGAGAAUAAAGUAACAUGGAAUUUACGUACAGAUUGUUUAUCAGAUGUUGAACACGAUGAACAAUCUAUUGAAAAUGAUGAUAUUGAUGAUGAUAAUGAUAAUGAUGAUAAAAUUAAUACUAAUGAUCAUGAUGAUGUUACUAGUAAUACUAAUGAACAUAAUUUACAAGGAAUAACCGGUUUAGAAGGCUUAAAACAAUAUUUACUAAGUAAAAAUACAGAAAAUUAUAGUAAAUUAUCAUUAAGUAAAUUAUUUGAUAAAAAUGGUAGUUUACAAACAAUCAUUGAAGGUAAUAAAAGUAAAUUAAAUAAUCGAUUGCGUAAUUUUACAAAUAAUUGUGAUCAAUUCGAUUCUAUACCAAGUAAACGUCCAAAUUUAGACUAUGAUAAUCAUGUAUCUACAAUGAAUUCAUUAAAUCAAGAAAAAGAAUUAUGUACAAGUAAAUCUAAUACAAAUAAUCGAUUGGAAACACGUAAAAUUUGGUCAUUAGUUGAUAUGAUGAAUGAACAAAAUAAUUCACCAAAUUCUAGACAUGAAUUAUUCAAUGAUAAAAUAACAAUGAAUAUACAUAAUAAUAAUCCAUGUGAUAAUUGGUCUUUAGAAGAAAAUAAAGAUUUACAACAACCUUCUAAGAAUUUAUGGAGAACUUCAAAUGAAUCAUUUUCUUAUCAUCAAAUGAAAAUGAAUACUACAAUUACUGAUUCUCCUGACAUUAACCGAAAUAAUAAUAAUAAUAAUAUAAAUGAUGACAGUAUAAAUCGGAAAUUAAUAGGGAACUCAUUGUUUCCAACUACUUCAACCGGUAGUAGUAAUAAUAAUAGUACUAUUACUACCAUUGAUAGUAACAUACACAUUCCAAAUGAUUCAUCAUCUUUAUUUUCUCCUAGUACAUUAGCAGCAUUUUAUUUGUAUUAUCAACAAAAUUUACAACGGGCACAAGAACAAAAUCAAUUAAUCACAACCUCUUUAUCACAACAAUUUCCAUUGACUGGACAUCAACAAAAAUCGAAUGGACAAAAAUUACCACCUCUAAAUUCUCCUAAUUUAAGUAACAAUAAUAAUUUAUUACAUACUAAACCAUUCCUACAAUAUGACGAACAUUUUUCCAGCCUAUUUCAGGGUAAUAAUACAUUAAAUUUGAAUUUAUUAAAUAAAGAAACACAACAAUAUGCAAGAUCAUUAUGUUUACAUAAAAAUCAUUCAAAUCAACAAGUAACCACUAGUCCAAGUGAAGAAUCAUGACAGUAGUAUUGAAAAUGAGUAAAGAAUAUUGUUGUGAAGUAUUUGCAUUCCAAUUAUUGAAGGGUAUUGAAAUAUCAAAUUUUUCAUCUCUCUGGAGAAGGUGACAACUCUUAAUGACGUUUGAAUGAUAUAUGUCGCGUUCUAUAAACUAAUGGCUAUUUGAUUCGAAAAAAAAUUUGUUAUAUAUUGAUCGACGAUUGCUGACAACAGUUGUAAAAUAUCGCCCAAACAUCAUGUAUUCAGUGUUUUGAAUAUGACAUGCAGAAUUCAAAUCAAAUAUACACUAUCCGUUAAUCUUCUUCCCCACCCCGCCAGGGUACCAAUGAAACACAUGUAUACAACUAAUCACAAACCCAAAAAAAACACAAAAAAUAAUUGAAUAAUCCUAUCCAAGUUUUCAAAAAAAUAUUAUUAAGGAUAUAUACGUAUAAAUAUACAUAAAAAUACAUCUAUUUUUUAGUUUCAAUAAGCAGCAAAUUAUCCGCAUAGCUUUAUUAACAUUUAUUCUAUUAAAAUAGACAUAAUAUUAGUUGGUCCCCAGGUUACAAUUUAUUUAUCCUGUUGUCAUUGUUUUAUUCAGACUUUUGCCUACUGUUUUCUUUUCUCUCUAUUUCUCAUUCAUUCAUUCAUUCAUUGAACAGUAACCAUUUCUAUUCACAUAAUUAUAUCUUAAUGGAAUGGUAUUGUAUACGAACUGGAAAUGAC